UUCGCCUUCCAGUGCGUGGCGGACUAAGGUUUCCGAGUUCCUGUUCCCGCGAGAGGUGGAAAGGGCGCAGCGUUUGAAACAUGGCGGACGACGUCGAUCAGCAACAGACCACCAAUACCGUAGAGGAGCCCCUGGACCUGAUCAGGCUCAGCCUGGAUGAGCGAAUUUAUGUGAAAAUGAGAAAUGACCGAGAGCUUCGAGGCAGACUACAUGCUUAUGAUCAACAUUUAAAUAUGAUCCUGGGAGAUGUAGAAGAAACUGUGACGACGAUAGAGAUUGAUGAGGAGACAUAUGAAGAGAUAUAUAAAUCCACAAAACGAAACAUCCCUAUGCUCUUCGUUCGGGGAGAUGGUGUCGUUCUCGUCGCCCCUCCGUUGAGAGUUGGCUGAGACAAAAGAUGAAUCCUGUGUAGAAAAGUGGAGACUUUGCCUCUUGAGAUGGACAUUUCCAGAGAGAGACACUCGCACGCAUCCUGGUAGUCAGGAAUGACCUGAGGAUCCCUCCACCCUCAAAGUUCAUUUGCAAGCAACUCCCAAGUUCUCCAGCUAAAUGACCUGUCCCUUUCCCAGCCCUCAGUCCAUGUGACCACCUUGCUCUUCUCAGGAGUUGGUUUGCCCGUUGUUCUUGCUGUUACUUUCAGGUUGUUUUUCUUUAAAUUAAAUUUGAUGUUUCCUUUUUUAUUC